AUGAGGAAGAAGGAAGUGGAACGGCCUAAUCAUGUGAUCGACGCACGCACGCACGUACGCGUGUACGUGCGUUCCAACCAGUACGGCGUGCGUUCCACGAAGUCAACUUCCGGUCCGGCGGAUGCCGGUAAUUUCAUCAUGUAAGAAUCAUAUAAAAGUACAAGAGGACACAGAAGGAAUAUACCAACUGAGGAAGCCAGUUUAACUGGCGAAACGCGUUUUGGGGACAUUUUGGACUCAUUGCAAGUACUUUGAUCCAUUUUCGUUUUUAGAUGUUUUAAAUUUACGGUUUUAUCAAUAAAUUUUUCUUUAUACCGUCCUGUGGAGUCUGCAUUUCCAUUCCUACCAAAAUUGAAGGAGGAGGACAUCAGGAGGAAGAGAAAAAGGGCAGUGGAUCUCCCUUAGAAGAUCCAUAGGCGCUUACCACUAGAGCCAGGUGCAUUAUUGGCUCCACCUUUGUGAGUUACCCAUCUGAAAGUCUUUAUUUUUUAUGUCAAUUAUUAUGUGACUAUUUUCUGCACUUAGAUCUGUGACCAUUUAUUUACAGAUUCCCAUUUUGAAUAUAUUUAUAUUCAUCUUCUAUAUAUUAUUGUUUAUACAGGUAAUACAGAGCUCCGCUUAUAUUUUGUUUGUUUUGCAUGUCUCAAGAAGGCCCAGCCGAGGUGGUCAAACACCUUCUCAGCAUCUAACACCAACAGCAGACCACCUCGACCGGGCCUCCGGAGCUGUUCAAAAAUGUCCAUAAGUUUGUAGGUGUUGUUCAAGCCCUGUCUCCAUUUGACGAACCCGUUUUGGUCAUCCAAUAUUAGUUGCGGUAGCAGUCGGCUGGGAUUUUCGCAUACAAUUUAGCAUUUGUGUUAAGGAGGGAGAUCGGACGGUAGUUCUUACAGUCGUCCGCGGGUUUACCCGGUUUUGGAAUGGUGACAGUGGUAGCUAAAAGCAUCUCAGGUGGGAGGGAACCCGAGGUGGUGUAACGGAACGCUUGGCACCCCGAUUUGGUACCUUCCAUUGACGGAUGGUCCUAGUGCUUCCCGAGGGCUCCAAGCACUACACUACCCACUCUAACCACCGCAGAUCCCAAAAACUGCCGCAGCUUGGUUGGGGUCUCGCCGUCUUCCACCCACUCUGGACCCAAGAUCAGGAUCCAGCUUCCAGUAGGUAGACCUCUCUUAGAAUCCAGAGAGCAGGAACAGGAACAGGAACAAGAACAAGCUCUUAGAAGAGGGAUCUAAAAAGAGGGAUCUAACGGAGCUUACUAGCAACGAUCCAAAUACUCACUGUUUAGAGGAUACAAUAUAAAUAUGAACCGCUAUGCACCUACAGAAAAGGUAGUUUGACAUAUAAAUACAUGUCUAGUUGAAACGGAUAAUGCAUCAAAAGCAGUAUAUAAUAUAAAGGCAGUCCAGUGGAUCUAAAGGGUCCCUGCUCCAAAAAAUAUAGUAGUAAAGCACUGUCCAGUGUCUAUAAACCCUGAAAACUAGUGCAGAGCGGGUAAGAAAUGGGCCAAAGUAGGGUUCCCAUAUAGCACAGUGAGAUUAUGCUUAUGUACAACUGCACAGUUAAAUGACAAAAAGUCCUGGGGGCAAAACGUCAAUACAGUUCCCCAAGACACUUGUUAUUGCGCUGUAAACUAGAGCUGUCAGCUGACAAAGAUGUUAUGUCAGAUGUAACAUGAAACCCCAGCAUAAAGUAACAGUGUUACUGACAGAAUCAAAAUAAAGAGAUAGCACAAUAAUGUAACUAAGUGUCUGGGAAAGGAAACAGUUUGAACUGUGCUGUAAAGUAGAAUCCUAUCAGUAAUAGCACUACUAGUCGGCCAGUUAGAGAUAUUGACACUGCUGUAUAAGGUGAAAAAGAGACAGAACAGGUUUAUCUACCAAAAUCAAAAGGUCAUAUAUACUAGGCUAGUGAAUCAAAAAAAGUCAAUAUAGUUUCCCAAUUAGAUACUUAGUACUGUGCCCCAAGUUAAACAGAUCCCAUCAGGUACAACAGUGCAGUUUGUUAUUAAAUUUGGCUGUCUAAUCAGCUGUUUAGUGCAGGCAACAAAUAUUACCCACUGUGCUAAAUAACCCAGUGAUCCCUUAUGGAGAGUCAAUCCCCAGGGGUACAAUAGGGAUUAUAGGGAAGCUACAAUAUAAGGCUCAUCUAAGCUAAGUAAGACUCCUUUUAGAAUCCCUGUUAAAAUAAAAUGCAGCUAGAGAGCGGCAUGACACAGCUCAACGCGUUUUGGCGCUUUGUUGUGCCUUUUUCAAGAGCAGAACAGAGUCAGAGUCAGCAUGUGUUUAAAUAGCGAGCGGCCCCGCCCUUCAGGACAUCCUGCGGCCAAUCGCCUCACGGCACGUCAGUCGUUGGUGUGUACGAUUUGCUUGCGGCUAGGAGAUAGGUAAAAGCCAUGCCGGUGGGUGGCGGUCAGAGAGCCCGCCCCACCCUGCCAUCAAGUGGCCAAUACCUAAGUGCCACGUCAUAAUGGGUGCGGUUACGUGACUGACAUUCGCGUAAAUUAAUCGUGUCCUCAAAGAGGCGGGGACUAGGAUGUUAGCCCAACCCCUAAUGUGCCAAUUUCGUUGUUAGAGUAAGAAGGGGAUCCUGAGAAUCCCCAUUAGAGGCACACAGAAUAGAAUGUUUGCGUGCACUAAAUAUCUAUGGUGAUACUAAAAAAAUAAACACUAGGCUUAUUAAAAAUACAAAUUCCCAUUCACAACUAUGACUUUAGAGAGUCAUGGAAAAUACUAAAGGGAUGUCUGACUCAGACAGGAUAUUUUAAAGGUAUAAAUCCUCUUUGAGGACGCGAUUCUUUUUCGUGACACUAUUUUCGUGUACCAGAUAUACCGGAGGAGAUGCUACUUCUGGACCGGGUACACAGAAUCCCAAAACCACGGCAUCUAUCAGACGCCACCCCGAGGGAUGUGCUCACAAAAGUAUAUUACUUUCAUAUUAAAGAAAUAAUUCUAAUCACCAGCAGAAACAAAAGUACCCCGCAUCAGGACUAUCCUACAGUGAAACUGUUUGCCGACCUAUCCGCUACCACCCUAAAGCAAAGGAAAGAUUUUUCACCUAUCGCUGACAGACUGCGGGCAAAUGGAAUGAGAUUCAGGUGGGGAUACCCCACUAAAAUGAUCAUUUUGCAGGUAGGCAAACUAUACAUGAUCUCCACCCCAGAAGAAGGAACAAAAAGGCUACAAACCUGGGGAAUAGCAGAAAACAUGUCAGAGAAAACGACACCACCUUCCCGCAAUUUGCAGGUAGGAUGGAGUAAGGUGCCUGCACUGCGGGAGGCUCAUUAGAUUACAAUGGAUUACAACGGAGACGACCCGACGGACGUACAACGGUAUUCUACACAGGCAUAUAAAAUGCCUCAUACCUCGGGAGACACCCUCCGCACUGUUUACCCACCACCACAACCAGGACAGUGCUGA